AUGCAGCAGCUUGCUGCCAAGGGUCUAUACCUCAUUCCUUCGACCUUCCUUGAAGAUCCUGCUAGGUCCCGAGAUGCUGUUUACAAAUUUGCAGAAGAGUAUCGAGAAGACCUUCCUGACCCUUCCGUUCUUGGCCUACCAGCUGAGUUAGACUUGUGGGAAGUUCACUGGAGAAGCAGACCUGCCACUGAAGUGGUUCCUCACACUGCCUCUGCGACACUGGUGUGUACCAUGGGAAAUAUAUUUCCAAAUAUACAAUGUCUUCUGGCUCUUGUGUGCACAAUUCCAUUCUCAGCAGUAGAGUGUGAACGGUCUGUGAGUUGCUUGAUGCGCUUGAAGACAUACCUACGUAGUACUAUGGGCGCUACUCGUCUGACUGCUCUUGCUCUUUUGCAUACACACUAUAACUUAGAAAUUGAUAUAAAUGCUGUUAUUGGUCGUUUUCAACGCAAACAUCCUCGUAGAAUGGUUGCAGUUGACUUUAUGUCAUAA